UAAUUGUGUUAUCUCACGCGCAAUCGAAGGACGAGGACAAACGUGCGGUGUGUCGUGUCACAUUCGCAUAUUCGAACCUCAAAAAAAAAAGAAACCUCGCUCCUGUAAUUCGUUCGAGUGAGCAACGUGAGUGAGUGACGUGACUUGGAGAAACCUCCUCGUAGGCUAGAGGAUGGGUAAUCAUCAUCAGGCAUCGCGUUUGGUGCUCGCGAUGUCAGCGAGCCUCCUCCUCCUCCUCCUCCUCCUGGCCACGCCGGGCCACGUAGCCGGCUCAGGGGUGUUACAGAUUCGCGGUAUACCGGUGGCAAAGAACUCGUUGUAUCGCCCGGAUCGAGACUUCGAGUGCCUGGAUGGUAGCCGGUUAAUACCGUUCACGUGGGUCAACGACGAUUAUUGCGACUGCGGGGACAGCAGCGAUGAGCCCGGGACGGCGGCCUGUGCCAACGGCUCGUUCUACUGCGAGAAUGCCGGACACAAGCCGGCCUAUAUACCGUCGUCAUGGGUCAAUGACGGCGUGUGCGACUGCUGCGACACGAGCGACGAAUAUGCUUCCAGGGCGCGCUGUGUAAACAAUUGCAACGAAUUGGGCCGGGAAGCCCGAUUGGAGCAACAGAAGGCGGAGCAGUUGGCGCGAGAUGGUAACAAGCUGCGCUUGGAGUUAGUGACAAGAGGCAAAACAAUCAAGGCGGAGCAUCAAUCGCGUUUGGUGAAACUAAGAGCGGAUUAUGCGGAAACAGAAUUAAUGAAGAAGGAGAAGGAGAUUUUAAAGACACAGGCAGAGGAACGGGAGAGCUUGGCAUUGGAAAAGUACAAACCCGUCGAGCCGGAACAACAACCGGCAACAGAGGAGAGGCCUGGCGAGGAGGAAGAGGAAUUAAAUGUCUCCGAAGCGGAAGAUUAUUUUAAGAUUCUGGAUUCAGAUUCUAGUGGUACAAUAACAGUGGCAGAAUUGCAAACCAGAGCUACGUUCGAUAAAAAUAGGGAUGGGGCUGUGUCGGAAGAAGAAGCACUAUAUUUCCUCAAUGAUAAGAAGGAAGUCACUCCGCAAGAAUUUGUAGAUACUGCGUGGGCAAAUAUAAAACCUUUCUUAAUGUUGGAGCAAGGUAUGUUUAAAGCGGCAGAGAAUAAAAAAGAAGCCGAUGAACAACAACAGCCUUUGGAUGAUUCACAUCAUGAAAGAGAGGAAGAAGACGAAGAGGAAGAAACUACAGACACAGAAGAAGAGGAAACUACCCCUGAAGAGGAACAGGAGACUGAACCACAGGAACCAGAAGUCCAAUAUGACGAAGAAACGCAAGCACUCAUUGAUGAGGCCAAUAGCGCUCGCGAACGUUUUCAGGAAACCGUGAAAGCCGUCAACGAGUUGCAGUCAGAAAUUAGACAGCUGGAGGAAAAACUGGAUCGCGAUUACGGGCCAGAAGAAGAAUUCGCGGCGCUCGAUGGCGAGUGCUUCGAAUACACUGACCUAGAAUACAUCUACAAACUGUGUUUAUUCGGUAAAACGACACAGAGGUCCAAAUCCGGCGGUAAUGACGUCAAUUUGGGUCAUUGGUAUGACUGGGUAGGAACGGGCGAUAACAAGUACACCAAGAUGAAGUACGAUCAAGGUCUCACUUGCUGGAACGGUCCGGCGCGUUCCACUAUUGUCACCAUGUUGUGCGGAACAGAGAACAAGCUCAUCUCGGUGACGGAACCGAGUCGUUGCGAGUACGCGAUGGAAUUCUCCACGCCGGCACUCUGCAAUCCUAGUUCGGCAGACUCCGCGGACAAGCAUGACGAACUGUGAAAUUAUUGCUCCGUUAGUAAAACAAUAAAAGCGCGCGCACGUGGUCAGUCGCACGUACAAUGUGAAUCGUCAAGCACUUACGCUCUUCGCGGAUUGCGAGACGUGUUACAAGGAUCGAGAAAGCAACGUUGGACGAAUCGUUUUGAAAAUAUUUCCACACUACAGUCGUAAUUAGUAAUGUAACUAGACAUUUUUUUACUUUCUUCUUUAUUUUAAUAGAUAUUUUUUAUUCGUCCUGAAUUGGGAUAUAGUACACCACACAUUUUUUUUCUAUAACAUAGUGAAUAUUACUGUAAGCAUCUGGGUGACGAGAAAAAGUUUACAAAAGAUUCUAUUGUGUAUAGUAUUUUAGUAUCAGUACUUUGUAUAAACUCAACCAGAUAAAAUUGUAAUAUUAAAGACAAAACAUAUUGUCAACUCAUAGAGUCCAGUCAUGUAUUGGGUUGAUCAAAAAAUCAAUCGCCUUUUUUUAUAUCACUCUCACAUACAUUAUUACAAAUUAUGAACCAGUCAAAAUCAAUAUAUGAUGUAUAAAAAUAAACCCGAUAUAUGUGUAUAUACAUAUAUAACAAAAUUUGUUAUAUAUCUUAUCUUUGGAUUACGUUAAUUUACACACACAUUAAUCAAAAAUAUGUUAAUAAAAAAAAGAAAAAAGACGAAAAGAAUUUUUUGGUAAAUCUAAUACAAUACAUGACGGAUUUAAACGGUAAUACUUAAAUAAUUUUUUUUUUAUAGAAAAAGAAAUAUUGUAAUUAGAGUAUUUCUCUCCCCGUUUAAAUGUGCCGCUGUGUAUACGAACUACAACGUUACGAUCGCGAUCAAUUAUCCAUCCUUGCAUCCGAAGAGUCCGUUGACUCAGUAUUGAACGAAGAGUGUUGGUUAGUGAUAACUGCAAGGUAAUUUAUUCUCAAACCUUAUCUCCGUGGCACCGAUAAUGAAAUCAUUACUAUGCGCAAAGCUGUUGUAUUAAAAAUGACUGUUACAUUCCUCUUUUUGUACACAAAGAAGUUUCUAUGUGAUCUAAAAAUAAAAUUGAGAUCACGGCUAAAUGCCAGGUCCGACGAAACAUAUACUUUAUACCAAACUUGUACGUAUAUCUCGAAACGAUAACAGAAAAAAUAAUUAUGUACCGUUUCCGGGAUUCGAUUAGUCACAUAUGCGUACAGACUAUGUUCAGCAUUUAAGUCGGAUAUUUGUAAUUUUUUAACUAUGCGCGAUACUAUGGGGUAUAUUAUAUAAUAAAGAGAGAAAAAGGUUCUGUUGUAACUGUAAUUUGUGAUGGCAGCUUUAUUUACAUCAAUGAAAAGAGAUUUGUUCUGUGUAAAUGCGUGUAUAUGCAUAUGUAUGUCUGCGUGUAGAAUUCCUCUUGUUAUUCCUUGUACAUUAUUACAUAAUAUUACAAUGAGACUUGAUAGUUAAA